AAAAAGUGCUCUGGAUGCUCUGGGUAAAAAGGAUCCGAAAGAGGUAACAGCAGAGGAGUGGAGGAAGGUGCUGAAUCCGUUGGAGUACAGCGUUGCACGUGAAGGUGAGACCGAGAAGCCGUUCACUGGGAAAUUUGAUAAGCAUUUUGAAACAGGCCUGUACGUAUGUCGAUGUUGUGGCGCGCAACUUUUCAAGUAA